UGAAAGAGGUAGGUAGUUGCAGCAGAUGAGAGUUGCAUAAGGCAGUAGAGAGGGAGAGAGUCAUGGGAUGGAAGCGGCGGCGGCUGAGCAUUAUCUAAGGUCCAUUCUCGGUGUGCGGUUGUUUUCUCGGGAAUUUGGGAGAGGACGCGUCGAGAUCUCGUCGAAAUUGAGUAGCAGAUGAUGUGUUGCAUUAUAUAGAAUCAAUCAAAUGGAUUACACCGUUGAAUCCUCCGUCCCUAGGCAACAACGCCAAACAAGUUCCCGGGAAUUGAUCGGUCGCGACGUGUUUCGCCGUGUCUGGCGGCGCGGCUCGACGGCCCUUGCACUGACAGCGGCGCCUGCGAGAGCAUGUGGCCCUUCCUCUCCCGCGUGAGAGGCGUGGCCCUUCGCUGGCCGAGGCUGGAGGGUCCGGCCAGGAAGCGCGAGCGGCUGAGCCAGAUUCUGCUGCGGGGGAGGGAGCCCCCAACAGCCCCCGAGAGGGACGCCCGGAGGAGUGGGGGUCAGGAGGCCGCCUCCAGGGGGUGGCUGACCGUCAGCGUGGAGGGCAACAUUGGCAGUGGGAAGUCCACCUUCAUCCGCCACUUCAGGAAUCUGGGUGAGGUGGAGGCCGUGCAAGAGCCGGUAGAAAAAUGGCGAGACCUGCACGGCCACAACCUCUUCAAGCUCAUGUACAACGACCCGAUCCGCUGGUCGCACGCUUUCCAGACGUACGUGCAGCUGACGAUGGCCCAGAGUCAUUUGCAACCUUGCACUGCCCCCGUGAAGCUAAUGGAACGCUCCAUCCACAGUGCAAGGUACAUUUUUGUGGAGAACAUGUACCAGAGUGGCGUAAUGAGCGAGGCCGAGUACCACGUGUACAAUGAGUGGUACAAGGCCAUUCUGGGGUAUGUGGAUUGUGGAGUCGAUCUCAUUGUAUACCUGCGCACCAAUCCUGAGCUGGUACAUGCGCGGAUCAGGGACCGCGCCAGGGACGAGGAGCAGCAGAUUCCGCUCGAGUACAUCAGAGCCCUGCACAGUCACUACGAGAACUGGAUCUUUGAGGAGAAGUACCCGUUGCUGGCCCCUGUGCUCGUCAUUGAUGCAAAUGAUGAGCUGUCAACUAUGUAUAGGAAGUACAAGCACUAUACCAAUGUGAUUUUACAAAGAAAAGCUUUACUGAAUCUACUAUCCUAUUAAAAGAAAGGGUAAAUGUCUUUGUAUUGUGAUUUGGUCUUGUAUAUUAUUUUUAUAUUUUACAUUAUAAUUAUACAUUUUGUGUAUAUUGAUAACCUGUACAUAAUUUAGGAGUACAGAUUUCUUAGCACAAGCAUACACAUGUUUGUGAAUAAUGUGGUGCAUUCCUGUCAACUGUCAUUUAUUUUUGUUUAGAAAAUCAAUAUUUCUGUUGCAUGUACUUGUUAUGAAAUCAGUAUCAUGGUCUCAAUCUUCUCUUCUGACACUAUAAGAGGGAUUAUGUAAAUUUUUAUAAACCUUUAUAUAAUAAAAGUUAUAAUGGACA